AUGCUCCCGGCAGCUUCGGACGACUUGUCUCGCCAGCAGAGCCGGUUACCGGGCGACAUAGGCCCCGUGGAAGACACAAUCCCCGCCAAGCCAGAUAAUGAGACUGGGGGAAAGAGCAAGAAAAAGGGAAAGAAAAACAAGGGUGCCAAGGUGACUUCAAGGGUCCCCGUGGACGAUUUGAUAGAAGGAUCCUCACCCUCGCAGGCCGAACCAUCAUCUUAUCCUGAUUUGCCUCCUGAACCGCAGACCGAGCCCACUACUAUCGCAUCACCUGUUCUCGAUGCUCUGGGUUCGCUUAGAGAUACCCCUGAGCAAGACUUCGCCUAUCGCACAAAUAACUGGGCCAAAUCCAUCCCGUUUGGAAAGAGUCCCCCGAAAGAUGGUUAUGAAGAUGACUUCGUCAGCGGAUCCCCCUUUGGUGGUUUUCUGACGAGCCAGGAUAAAGGCGGUUUCAGCCAUCCGUCUUCCGCCUCUCCGCCACCCAGAACAAGGCCUAUGAGCUACGGGAAUGGAUAUUCAAGCGGCGCCUUCUCUCGGCAGCAGUCUGCUGAUAGACAUAAGAGUCAAUCUGCCAACAUUCCCUUCAGUGACCGGAUACCUCCCCCUCAUUUACCGCAGCCUCACUUCUACCGAGCCCCUGACAUCGACAUUCCAUCGCUCUCCGGCCAAAGUCGAACGCCAACGGACUCGCAGUAUUCAUUCUGCGCAUUCGACACCAUCUCGAGCCCACCGUUUAAGUCUUCACGCAUGGGCGGCACCGUUCUUCUUGUUGGUAGCGAUGGUACGCUGGAGGUUUUGACUAUUGAAGAUCGCAAGGCACGCCCUAUUGGAAGGUUGAAUGGACUGAAUGGCCGGGUCGUUGAAGCGAAAAUACUUGCAGGUGACAACUUAGCUUCGGGAUCCCGGCCGCAUGUCGCUAUCAUCCUUCAUGGCCCUUGUAUUCCAUCCGACGACGAGGGUCAUGUGUCUUCUAAUGGCUCUGAAUCGAAUGACCUCCCCACCGGAGGACGGUAUUCUAGUGCUGAUAGGCGUCAGAUCAGAGAUGACACACGGUUCUACCAAACAAGGGUUGAGGUAUACUCUCUUAGAACUGGAGAUCACAUUUCAACCCUCUUCACAACGAAGCCUAGCCCGUGCUUUGAGAACCUCCCUGGACUUGCGAAUUUGGCGCCAUCUCCAAUCGGGAAUUUGAGGCUCUUUACAAGUGGCAGCUACCUUAUCCUAGGAUCUGGUAUCAGUGGCGAAAUCUACAUUUAUAAUAUUAAUGGAUACCAGUGCCUAGGGAAGACCUGGACUAGUAUUCAGUCGAGGGAAGCAAGACGCUACUCGACAUCUUCGAGUUCAACGGAUCCGGAUGGGUCUCGAAAUGACUCACCUCACGGAACUGCCAAAGCUGAUAAUCCAAUUGUUGCAUUGAACGGAAGAUGGUUAGCUAUCGUACCGCCGUCAUCUACAUAUCGAGCAUCUCUGGGAGGAACAGUACCAGCGCCUUUGGUGAAAGGGAAAAUCUUCGGUCUGGAGACUCGUAGUCCCCCUUCCCGACCAGCGACUACCUGCGUAACUGAUGUCGGUGAGGGCGAAAGCUUUCUGGACAAAGUUGCUAGGGGUGUUACGCAGGAGUUCGUGCGAGGAGCUCGCUGGAUGAGCGAUCAGGGCUUGCAGGCCUGGAAUAGUUAUUGGAACAAGGAUCAGCAGCAAAAUUCCCAGCAGCGCCGCUCCCAAGCAAUGGACUUUCCGCAAGGAUACAGCAUCUUUCCUCCAACCCAUGCUCAAGACACACAGAACACUUCUCCAGCCGAACCAGAUCUUGUAUCAAUCCUCGAUCUGAAGAAGCUUGACGAAGGUGGAGACUCGAAGAGCGCAAUCAUGUUCAGCCCUGUUGCCACAUUCCAAGUACCGAAUGGCUGCAGCUUUUUGUCCUUCUCUCCUAGUGGCCUCAUGCUCCUCACAGCGAGCAAGAAAGGGGAUGUUCAAUAUAUAUGGGAUCUCAUGCAGGCGAAGCACUGUCGCGCUGGGCUUUUCUUGACCGAGGACUCGGCUACAGUAUCCGCGAGUGUGCGUCAGGUCGCACGGUACUCACGGUUGACAGAGUCGCAUAUCGUGGAUGUAAUAUGGUGUCCGCCUUCUGGUGAUCGUCUGGCCGUGAUUACCCUCAAAGGCACAGUACAUGUCUUCGACCUCCCGCGAACUGCUUUUCAAUGGCCUCCUUUCCGCAGGGCUCGGCCAACGCGAGGUAGACAAUCGCCAAAAGACGUUGGCUCUGAGGAAUUAACCAUGCGCACGACAAAUGCGAAUCCCCUAUCAACCGCCAUCAAGCUUGUGGGUGGCAAGACACAGCCUAUCUUUGAAGCUGUUAGAGGCCGAGCCCCAUCAGCUGGGGCGGCAUUUCCUGCGAUGAAUGGCUUUACGAUCCCGACCGCUGCGGGCAUAGGCGGGAAAGCUGUUGCUGCUGGUCUCAGCAAGUCAAUGGGAGCUGCCGCUAGUGGCACGGUAAAUACUCUGCGUCAUGUUGGUGAGAACCGGCUUCAUAUUUCUGGGUUUACACGCGAGCCCGCUGCAUCGCGGGUCACUUGGGUCCUUCACAAGGGUCAGCCAUUCUUGGCUCUUGUAGCAAAUGGCUACUUCCGAUUGUACAGGAUCAAGCGGUCCAUGCUGCCCAAUAGAUCACGGCAACCGCAGCUAGUUGUUGGAAGCAAGGAAGUUGAAUUUCGGCUGCCUGCGAAUCUGUCCAGCUCCUGCGGCCCUAUGGGAAUCAGCAGUUUCAAUCCAGAAUUGAUGGUUUGUGCAUCUUUGACUCUUCCGUCCGCAACUGCACGACCCUCCGCGUCAUCAAAGCUCAAGUGCCAGCCGCUUUCCCAGGCAGAGCUUGAAACCAACGCACCAUAUCAACCCUUCCACACUGACCAGAGAGUUAGUCUGUUUACUUACUCUGAAACGGGUGAGGCGGAUGGCUCAACCACUGCGACGCCAGGAGGCCAGUGGGUAUUUGGCGGAAGUAUGGGCAUGUCCAAGCUACAUGUUCGCCGUGUCAGCAUCAGUAGCGAGGAUGAAGGUGACGUUGCUAUGCAUGAACUUCAACAGGGGCCAGGUGGAGGUAUCGUGAAUACGAUCAGCAUGGGAAACAGCACUGGGAACGUGGAGGAAGUGGUAAUCACCACACGACGGAAGAAGAAACAUUCGUCACCGUUCCAGGCUGGCGGCGAGGAUGGAUUCUUCGAAGACGACUGUGAGGUUUUGGACUUUGCCGUUGACCGGGUCUGA